AGACGCGUGUGAGAGCCGUGACGUCACAGCGCUCGGUGACGUCACAGGGUCCGGAAGGAAGACAUGAGGCUGGAGCAAAAAAAAUGAGCACAUGUUAGUCAGUCACUUGGGUGCUGCCGCUUCGAGCACACGGAAGAGGACAAUGAAGUGAGAGAUGAUACAGACUCGCAAAGUAACAUCACGUCCUUCCUAAAUGCUCUCUUGGGCGUCUCGAUGGCUUCUGUGGGCGGUGUGGUGUGGAUGGGCGUCAAGGUGGGUGUGGGCCUCCAUCCCUUCCACCUCAACACUCCCUCUAUCGCCUCCACAUCCUCCAUCCGCCCGCCUGCUUUCUCUCCACCAAGAACCACGUGGCGAUGUUUACAGAUUGUCAAAGAAAACGAACCUGACUGGAAGGUUUGAAAGGGACACUUCUUCAUUUUCUGCUCCUCUCACGAUACCGUCUAAUGAUACAGAUGAAGUGAUGGUGAGGACUAUGAGAGAGGAAGGAAAUGGGGAUGGUGAUGAUGGUGAUGCUGGAAAGUCGGGUCAGCUCUUCGUCCCAGGUCAAGUUCCUGCCGGGGUCACGGUCACCACCAGCCCGGGAGGUCGUCACGUGAUACAGAUUCCGCCGGGGAUGAAGUGGCGCGACGUGGAGGGCUCGCUGACCAACCCCGAGGCGCGGAAGACGUGGCGGGAGAUCUUCAACGUGGUACUGUCCCUGCGGCGAGAAGAGGAGAAGAAACUCUUGAUGAACGUCACAGACAACCCCCUCACCAUCACGCCAGUCCGUUCAGCCGAUGUCAACAUUCCUAUGUCCAUCACUCUUCCUGAAAUUGAGGAAACAAUAAAAACUGCGGACUUGAAACGGCUGAAAAAGAUGAAAAAACGCCUUCGAAAGCUCAUCCGCCAAGCCAGACGGAAUCAACGAAAGCUGCUUCUUCGCGUCCCCAGCAGCGUAGGCAAUCCUCCGCCAGGGAUCAGCGUCAUUUCAGCCUCCGGAGGCGAGCAGGUGAUACAAAUACCCAAUACUGUCAAGUGGAGCGAAGUGAGAGGCUCCUUCCCAAGCGCAGCGGAGAACGAAGUGUGGCGCCAAAUCUUUCGGUCCCGCGACGCAAGCACUAAGAUGAUUCGUGAGAGCGUGGAUGAGGUGCUGGCGGGAAACUGGCUGGUGUCGGACGAGAUUGAGAAACGUAGUGCUCAGAUUCGGAUGAAGGGAAAAGUGAAGGAUAAGAAGCCAUCCAAGAAUAACAAUGGUAAGAUGAAAGACAAGGGGAAAAAUAAGAACUUGAUGGCUUUGAGACGGAGAGUGAAAAAUCGCUUGAAAAAACAGUAUUUGCUGAAGAUGACCAGGAGGAAAAUGAAAAAUCGGAUGAAGAAUUUUAAAAGGAAAAUGAAAAAUAAAGCAAAAAAGAAGAAGGCCAAGGGAAAAAUUAAAGAUAGAAAGCCAAAUCAAAACUUGGUGAAAAUCGGAAAUAAGGAAAUGGAAAAUAAAAUAAAAAUAAUACUUUGUCUAAGAAUGGAAACCGUUUCAAAGGAAGCAAGAAAAGAAACAAAAACAAGAAGAAAAGAAGAAAGUGGAUAACAAGAGGAGGAACAAACAACCUCAACAAAAACAAGAAGAAAAGAAGAAAGUGGAUAACAAGAGGAGGAAAAAACAAACUCAAGAAAAACAAUAAAAAGAAAGAGCGUAAGAGGAACAAGAAGAGAAACAAAGGAAAAGACAAGAAACGGAAACAAAACAUACACAAACUUAUAGACAAAGCAUUGGGUCGAAAAAAGAAAAUAAACAAGGAGAUGAAGAAACUGAAGAAGAAAAUCAAGAAAAAGAAACAGAGAAUGAAGGAAGCCAAUAAAACAAGAAACAAGGAAAAGAACAAAAAGAACAAAGAGGAAACGAGGGAUCUACAAAAACCAACGACAGAUUUGAAUGAAAAAGAAAACGGGAAUAACACAUUUUCUCUUACCAAAGAAAACGGAAAUCCCAGAAAAGGAGAAAAACUGAAAAUUAAGAAAAAGAAGAAAAAAGACAAAAAUAAACAAAUGAAGAGG